AUGCUUUCCAGAAACGUCACCAAAUUCUGUGCUACUCGCCGUAUCAUUUCUCAAAGAAACCUUCAUGUUUCCGCCGCUCUUUUGAAUAAAAGAGUUGAAACUGAUGCCUUUGGUGAGAUCGAGGUCGACACCACCAGAUACUGGGGUGCCCAAACUCAAAGAUCUUUGCAAAACUUCGACAUCGGUCAACCAACCGCUAGAUUGCCUCCCUCCUUGAUCAAAUCUUUUGGUAUUCUUAAAAAAGCUGCUGCCAUCGUCAAUGAACGUUACGGUACCCUCAAGCCAGAAGUUGCCAAAGCUAUCCAACAAGCUGCCACCGAAGUUUCCGAAGGGAAAUUGAUCGACCACUUCCCAUUGGUGGUGUUCCAAACCGGUUCUGGUACCCAAUCUAAUAUGAACGCCAAUGAAGUCAUCUCCAACAGAGCCAUCGAAUUGUUGGGCGGUGUCAUGGGUUCCAAGAAACCAGUGCAUCCAAACGACGAUGUCAACAAGUCUCAAUCCUCUAACGACACUUUCCCAACUGUGAUGCACAUUGCUGCCGUCACUGAAAUCUCCCAAAGCUUGCUUCCUGAAUUGGCUGCCUUAAGAGAGGCUUUGCAAGCUAAAUCUGACGAAUUCGCCAAUAUUGUCAAGAUUGGUAGAACCCACUUGCAAGACGCUACCCCAUUGACCUUGGGCCAAGAAUUCUCCGGUUACGUCCAACAAGUCACCAACGGUAUUGCCAGAGUCGAAAGUUCUUUGGGUACUUUGAGAUGUUUGGCUCAAGGUGGUACUGCCGUCGGUACCGGUUUGAACACCAAGAAGGGUUGGGACUCCGACAUUGCCUCCGAAGUCUCUAACUUGACCGGUCUCGAAUUCAAGGCCGCUCCAAACAAAUUCGAAGCUCUUGCUGCUCAUGAUGCUAUUGUCGAAGCCUCUGGUGCUCUUAACACUGUUGCCGUCUCUCUUUUCAAGAUCGCCAACGAUAUCAGAUACUUGGGUUCUGGUCCACGUUGUGGGUACGGUGAAUUGGCCUUGCCAGAAAACGAACCUGGUUCGUCAAUCAUGCCUGGUAAAGUUAACCCAACCCAAAACGAAGCCCUUACCAUGGUCUGUACUCAAGUGUUUGGUAACCACUCCACCAUCACUUUUGCCGGUGCCUCCGGUCAAUUCGAAUUGAAUGUUUUCAAGCCAGUCAUGAUCUACAACUUGUUGCAAUCUAUUUCUUUGCUUGCCGACGGUGCCAAAUCUUUUAGAAUCCACUGUGUUGAAGGUAUUAAAGCUAACGAAGAUAAGAUUAACAAAUUGUUGCACGAAUCCUUGAUGUUGGUCACCGCCUUGAACCCAUACAUUGGUUACGACAAGGCCUCCAAGGUUGCCAAGAACGCCCACAAGAAGGGAAUCACUUUGAAGGAAUCUGCUUUGGAAUUGGGGGUUUUGACUGAAGAAGAAUUCAAGAAAUGGGUUGUCCCAGAAGAUAUGAUUGGCCCAAAAUAA